GGCACUUCAAAGCCGUGAGAGGAGCUACAAUUGUGCUGGAAUGGGCGGACCACAUCAUUGUAUUGCACACCUCAAAAAAAACAGUGCUCUGAUUCAUAAAUAUAAAAAGAUCCUCCGAGGAGGGCACUUUUGUGAUGGCAACUUCACUUCUAGGGGAGGAGCCGAGAUUGGGGUCGACUCCUUUAGCCAUGUUGGCUGCGACGUGUAACAAAAUCGGGAGUCCGAGUCCUUCUCCUUCCUCUAUUUCGGAUAACUCGGCUUCGUUCGGAAAAGGAUUCCACCCGUGGAAACGAGCGGCAGCCAGCAGCUGUAGUUUGGGAUCCAGUUUAUCCUCUUUCGCUCGGAAUGGUGGUGGUUUAAGCGACUCUUUUGGCACGAACACUUCCACGGGAUCCAGUGCCUUUUCCCUAACUUCUGGUACUUCAUCCAACUCCCACUUCGGAAACGACUACUCCGUUUUCCAGGCGUCGGUUUCCAACAACUCCCAAGAGCCCAGCCACCAGCCCAUGUUUAUUUCCAAGGUGCACACGUCCGUGGACAGCUUGCAAAGCAUUUACCCGAGAAUGAGCGUGGCUCAUCCCUACGAGUCGUGGUUCAAGUCCUCGCACCCUGGCAUACCCACUGGGGAUGUGGGCACCACGGGCGCGUCCGCGUGGUGGGACGUGGGAGCCGGUUGGAUUGACGUGCAGAACCCGAACGGAGCCGCGCUCCAGACGUCCCUUCACUCCGGUGGGCUGCAGACUUCCUUACACUCUCCUCUGGGGGGAUACAACUCAGACUACUCGAGUUUAAGCCACUCUGCUUUUAGCACCAGUGCGUCCCCGCAUCUGCUGACCACCGGUCAGCAUCUCAUGGACGGAUUCAAACCCGUGCUCUCCUCGUACCCGGACUCCAGUCCCUCUCCCCUGGGUGGAGCGGGAGGUUCCAUGUUGACAGGGGGUCCGACGGCCUCGUUGGCGGGAUCUCCGCGGUCCUCGGCGCGGCGCUACUCGGGCAGAGCGACGUGCGACUGUCCGAACUGUCAAGAGGCGGAACGCCUGGGUCCAGCUGGCGCGAGCCUCCGCAGAAAAGGGCUACACAGCUGUCACAUUCCCGGCUGUGGGAAAGUCUACGGCAAAACGUCGCACCUCAAGGCUCAUUUGAGGUGGCACACCGGAGAAAGGCCGUUUGUGUGUAACUGGUUGUUCUGUGGGAAGAGGUUCACGCGCUCCGACGAGCUCCAGCGACAUUUACGCACGCACACCGGCGAGAAGCGCUUCGCUUGUCCCGUGUGUAACAAGAGGUUCAUGCGGAGCGACCACCUCAGUAAACAUGUCAAAACACACAGUGCCGGAGGCUCAUCAGGCUCGGGCUCUGGGGCGAGUGGAGGGAAACGAGGGAGCGACACCGACAGCGAGCACAGUGUGCCCGGUAGCCCCUCGUGCCACUCACCUGACCUGUUGCAACCUCCCGAGUCUGUCCCGACGACGGGCAUGAACGGCCGUGCAAACUCCCUCGAUUAAUCCAGUUCAAAAUGCACGUACACGAAUCUCGAAUGGACUAGAAACUUACCUGACGGUUCACAAAAAGGUUGUGCUGUUCGUUCGGUAACACUUUAUAAAAACUUUCAGUAAUUCCAAUUGUUAACAAACACUAUCAGAUCGCCAGUUAAUGCACAUUCAAUUCUGAAUAUCCUAUGUGAAACAAUAUAAACCAAAGUUUCCUCUCUUUUUAGCGGUUCGAGUGUACAUGAACUAAUUUUCUGUUAAGCUUAAUACUAUGUGUUAAGUCAAAAGUGAAAGUUAUUAUAAAGUGUCACCUGGCGAAAUAACCGUGUGGCCAUUUCACUUGGAUGUUGUAAAGUGAUUCAAUUUACGAUUAAAAUGUAAUUUACAAUGAAGUAAGCCUGUUUUGGUCUGCACAGAUUCUGUGAGAUGAAUUUGGUAAAGUAUAAGGGGAUAUUAAAAAGGACAUAAUCUAAUAUGUGCAUUCUGAUGGGUAUUUGUCGAAUAGUUUUAUUUCACUUACUGUUGUUAUGAAACAGAAUUUUUUUUUUUACCCAUCAGUGAAGUGGCCUGUCAUUGCUAACUUUUUGUUUUUCUCAAAACCAAACUGUGGCACUUUAUUCGUGAACACUACUAAAAUCCAGUUUCGUAAGGAUAAAUUGCCGUAGUGUUGAAUAGACUUCGUUUUGUCAUUUACAAAUUCAUUUCUUUAAUAUUCGAAAAGAUAGUCUAUAUAUCGCAUUGGUCUUUGUCGAAACAGACUACAAAUCCUGUUUGUAUGAAAUGUACUUAUUUCUUGUUGCUGCAAAAGAAUGUAAAUAUUGAAAAUAAAAUAGAAUAGACUAGAAGGUUAUUCCACACUGAUGUAAAACUUGGGUAUGUAUUUGUUCAAGACGCAAAUUUUGAAUAGUAGGCUAUUUUUAGUUGCUUAUAUUGAUUCUAGUAAAUAUCCAAAACUGUACGGCAGUGUUUUUUUUGUGAAGAAAAACGUCAUAUUUAUCCACGAGUUGGACUUGAUUUUUUUUAAGGUCUGUCAUAGACGCACUUUGAAAUGAUUUGUAAAAUUUUAAAUUCAGAAUUCAGUGUUUAAUCACGUUUUCUAAUUUAUGUAAGCAUGCAUAUGUAAGGUGAGCGUUUAUUUCACAUCGUUUAUUUUGGAAAAUUGGCUUUCUAAUUUAAGUCACUCAAUAAAGUCAACAUGGAUUCAGCCACA